AUGGCAAUAGACUGGUAUACCAAAAAUACCUUUUUAUAUCGUAUUUUAAAUCAAAUGUUUCGUCAAGAAAAUGUCAUAGGCAUGUUUCAAUUACGAUAUUUCAUCAAAGAUUUAUAUUUGCAAUUAAAAGAUUUACAUACAAAUUAUAUAAAUUCAUUAUUACCUGAAAAUAAAUCCUUAACUACCUAUCGUGAACAAUUCAUAACAAUUAAUCAACUAGAACAAUUAAAAGAGAAUAUAAAUGGAUUAAUCUACAUGAAUACAUUUUUAUCUACAACAACUGAUAGAGAUGUUGGAUUGAUCUAUGCUGGUGCUGAUGGCAAUAAACAUCCUUACCUUGUAUCUGUAAUAUUCAAAAUUGAGAUUGAUACAAGUAUCAUAUCAAAACCAUUUGCGAAUAUUAAUGAAUUCAGUUAUUACAAAGAUGAGAAUGAAGUAUUAUUUGCAUUAGGCUCAGUAUUUAAAAUUAAAUCAGUAGAAAAACAAGGAAAUAAUAAUCUAUGGAUGGUGAGACUUUUGUUUAAUAACGAUGUAUAUGAAACAAUAAGAAAAUUAACAAGACAUUUAACAGUAAAUAUGCGUGAACCAAUGAAUAUAGCGAAUCCAUCUGUGGCUAAUCAAACAACAUUUACUGAUUUGACACAUAAAUCAACAACUUUUAUGUGGAAUCUACUACUUCUAGGCAUUAUAUUACGUAUGGAAAAUACAUUAGCUGCAAAAAGUGAUAUGAUCAGAUGGUGUCGUCAUUAUUACAAAGACGAAGAAGAAUUGAAAUAUAUUGAUGAUUUUGAGAAAAAUUAUGAAGCAAAUAAAGACGAAGCUGUCUGGUGGUAUACAGAAGAACCAUUCAUUUAUAGACUAGUUAAUCUAUGUUUAAGAUCACAAGAUAUUGAUAAUAUUUAUAAAAUGCGAUAUUUCAUUAUUGAUCUUCAUAAUCAGAUACAAAAAUUGUAUACUCAUGUUAAUCAGCAUGAACAACUAUUCACCGUUUAUCGUGGUCAGAGUAUGUCUGAAGACGAAUUACAGAAUUUAAAAGAUCAUUCUAAUGGUGGUUUAAUUUCGUUUCAUCAAUUUCUGUCAUGUACUAGAAAUCGGAAUACAGCAUUAGUAUAUGCUUUAAAUCGUUUUGCACAUCUGUCUAAUGAAUCCGUACUAUUCGAAAUUAUUAUAGAUACAAACAUCAAAACAAAACCAUUUCUUAAUAUUGAACGAUAUAGUUAUUAUAAAACAGAAAAUGAAAUACUUUUUACUGUAGGUACGAUAUUUGAAAUUAUGUCCGUUGAACAACAAGCUACUAGUGGACUUUGGAUUAUUAAACUACUUUUAAGUGAAAAGGUAGAUAAAGAUAUGGAACAAUUAACUAUGUAUUUUAGAAAUGAAAUUGGUAAAAAUCCGACACUUAUUACACUGGCUGAUUAUCUCACUCAGAUGGGUAAUUAUGAUGCAGCUAAAACGUAUUUCGAUAUUCUCAUCGAUACAAUGUCAUCAUUAGAACAUGAAUCCAACGAUGCAGAAAUCUAUACUAAAGCUGGUCAGCUAUACUAUCUAACGGGUGAUUAUGAAAAAUCUUUAAAAUAUCACUUGAAAGCUUCGAGUAUAAUUACUGUCUGCAAUUUGGAUUUAGCGCUAGUAGAAAAGAAUAUAGGCAAAGUAUAUAAAGCAAUAGGAAAGUAUGAUUCCGCUUUGAUGCAUUAUGAAAGAGCAUUAGAUAUAGAACAACAACUAUUAUCAGAUAAUCAUCCAGACAUAGCUGAAACUUACAAGAACAUUGGUGAGAUAUACAAUCAGCAAGGAGAUCAUGCUCAUGCAUUAGGGUAUUAUGAGAGAGCUCAACAGAUCGUAUUAAAAUUGCUACCACCAAAUCACCCAGGUUUCUCUACAACAUAUAACAAUAUUGAUGAAGUUUAUUAUAACAGAAAUGACGAUACACAGGUCAUGAACUAUCAUGAGAAAGCUCUUCAAAUAAGACUGAGUUCAUUGCCUCCUGAUCACCCUUCUAUAGUAGAAGACUAUCUGUAUAUUGGAAAAGUUUGUUAUGGUGCAAAAGAGUUUGAUAAAUGUUUGAAAUACUAUAAAAAAUCUCUAGAAAUACGUUUGAUGAGUCUUUCUUCGAAUCAUCCAUCAACAGCAUCAGUCUAUAACAGUAUCGGUAAAGUUUAUUAUGAAAAAGGAAAUUAUAUUGAGUCGUUGUCUAAUUAUAAACAAGCAAUUAAAAUUCAAUCAAAAUCAUUACCGAUAAAUCACCCGGACUUAAUUGACACUUAUCAAAAUAUUAAAAAACUUUUACGUCAAGGCGUAUUAUUAUCAUAUAAUUAUUGUAUUGAAGAACUAAUUAACAUACUACAUGAUAUUAUCGUAACGAAUAUUAAUAUUAAAGAUCAACACAAUAUACUAGAAUCAAAAUAUAAACAAAUAAUUGAUAUUGGGACAAAACUCUUAAACUCAAGUAGUGAUGAUCAAUCCUUAUUAGAUAUAUGUAAAUUAAAUGGUAAUAUAUUACAAAAGAACAAAAAAUAA